AUGUUCUCUGCUCCUUUCUCCGCGCGUGUUGCAUCCAGUGGUGCGCAAGACAUUCUCGCAAAGGACCGAGCCCGCGCGCAGAAGUUGCUGGCCGGCCUCUCUCCCCAUGGACCUGCUGCUUUCCACAAAGCGAAGGACCGCCACCGUCAUGGCCAUGGGGGAGGAGGUGCCGCCACCGGCGCCAGCUCGGAUGGCUCCGAUUCGGUCGAUGUCACCGACGCAGCCGUGACCUACACCAUCAGUGUCGGGGUUGGGUCUCCUGCGACAGAUUAUACUCUACUCAUUGACACUGGAAGUUCCAAUACUUGGAUUGGGGCUGGCAAGAAGUACACCCCCACCUCUACGAGCACGGAUACUCGCAAGGCAGUCAACGUUAGCUAUGGCUCUGGGUCGUUCAGCGGCACCGAAUCUGCCGCCGCCGCAGAUACCGAUCAAGUCACUCUGUCUCCAACCCUCGUUAUCGAGAACCAGUCAAUAGGUGUUGCAUCUACUGCGCAAGGCUUCGACGAUGUGGAUGGAAUCUUGGGCAUUGGCCCAGUCGAUCUCACUAGCACUACUGUCAGCGGUGUAUCAAGCGUUCCUACUGUCACGGACAAUCUCUUUGCUCAAGGAACCAUUGCAACGGAGUCUAUUGGGAUUUCUUACGUCCCUUCCGCUUCUACUGACGCUGUUGUGAAUGGCGAGCUCGACUUCGGCGGGGUGGACACAGCCAAGACCACUGGAGAUGUCACUUUUGUGCCCAUUACCUCGACUUCGCCCGCUAGCCAAUAUUGGGGAAUUGACCAGAGUAUCACGUACGGCAACGAUUCAACUAUUUUGAGCUCUACGGCUGGUAUAGUUGAUACCGGAACCACACUACUUCUCCUGGCGACGGAUGCCUUCCAGGCGUACCAACAAGCAACUGGCGCAAAACUUGACAACACCACCGGUCUGCUGACACUCACCGAAAGUCAAUUUGAGGACCUCCAGAGUCUGUUCUUCGAAGUUGGAGGGACCAUUUUUGAACUGACGCCAAAUGCACAAAUCUGGCCUCGCUCAUUGAACUCGACCCUUGGAGGCGAGGAGGAUAAGAUCUAUCUCAUUACUGCUGAUCUAGGCAGUCCAAGUGGUCAGGGUCUCGAUUUCAUCAACGGAUUCGGAUUCCUUCAACGUUUCUAUUCGGUUUAUGAUACCACGAAUAGUCAGGUUGGACUUGCGACCACACCCUUCACGGACGCAGAAGCCAACUGA